UCAAUUACCCAUUACAGCCUCCGUCUCCUAAGCUAUGGCUAUUCCAGGAGGAAGAACCACAACCCUCCUCCCUCUCUCCAUCCCAAACGCCACCAAAACCUUCCCCCUUUGCUCAUCAUCACAUCCAUCUAUCACUCCAUCAGCGUCCCAUGCACCACCACCCGACGGCGACGAUGAAACGGUAAUCUCCACGGCGGUCUCCGUCCUAAGGGAGCAGCGCUCCAAGAGCCGAUGGAGCUUCCUCAAAUCCGUGUAUCACCCCGCCGGAAUCUCCGCCACCCAGGCCGCCGAGAUCCUCCGCCGCGUCCGCAAUCGCCCCCACCUCGCCCUCCGAUUCUUCCUUUGGACCCAGCGCCACUCUCUCUGUCGCCACGACCUCUACUCCCUGACAGCCAUCGCCCACGUCCUCGCCCGCGGCCGCCUCCGCUCCGCCGCUCUUUCCCUCCUUCAGGCCACCAUACGCUCCCACGACCCGUCCUCCUCCUCCGCUGCCGCAGGCGGCGUCGACACCUGCCGGCCGCCGGAGAUCUUCGAAGCGCUAGCGAAAACUUAUCGGGCCUUCGACUCUGCCCCCUUCGUGUUCGACCUUUUGAUCCGAGCCUACCUCCAGGCCAGGAGGCUCGAUCGGGCGGUCCAGAUCGUCCGGAUUCUCCUAUCCCGCGGGAUCCAGCCGGAGAUCGGCACCUCCAACUCGCUGAUCCGAUCGGUAUCUCGGGCGCGUGGAUGGGACGUCGGAUUCGAGAUCUACGAAGAAAUCUUCAAACCCAAGGAUGGAAAUGGAGAUGCUGUUCGGGUCAGAGUUUCUCCCAAAGUUCAGACUUUUAACACCCUUCUUCUCUCGCUCUACCGAGAUGGGAAGUUGGAGAGAUCGGAGGAGAUCCGAAAGGAGAUGGAUAUAUUCAAAUGUAAGCCAAAUGUUUUCACUUAUAGCAUUCUAAUGGCGGGGUUCUGCGACGAGGGAAGGAUCAAAGAAGCGAGGAAAUUAUGGGAAGAAAUGGUGGCAAAAGGAAUUGAACCUGACAUCAUUGCCUUCAACACCUUGAUCAGUGGUUACUGUGAGGUGGGAGAGACGGAGAGAGCUGAAGAGCUCUUCCGAGAAAUGAUUCUGAGCGAGAUCGAACCCACCGGGAACACCUAUGAGCAUCUGAUCAAGGGUCACUGCUACGCCGGCGAAGUUGAUUCCACUCUCCUUUUGUACAAAGAUAUGAAGAGGAGGGGCUUUGGAAUAGGGGUCACGGCUGUAGAUGAGUUGCUCGGCGUAAUGUGUGAGAAGGGGAGGGUGCUGGAGGGCCUGGGGAUUUUGAGGGAUGAGAUGAGGAGGGAGGAGUUUUGUCCGAGCCGGAAGAGCUACGAAUCGUUGAUCAGAGGAUUCUGUGAAGAAGGGGAGAUGGAGGAGGCACUGAAGCUUCAGGCUGAGAUGGCCGGGAAAGGAUUCGAGGUUGAUUUGAAGGUUUAUAGUGCUUUCAUUCAGGGGUAUGGGAAGCAAGGGGAUGUUGAAAAGGUGAGGAGAUUGAAGGAUGAGAUGCUUGAGAUGGGUCUACAUGUGGAAGGAGAUUAGGCUAACUGCAAACCAUUUGUUAGGAUUAUUUGUGAUGGCAUGGCAUUCAGUUUUGAGUCCGUCCUACAAUGUGGAUGUCCAGGACUCAAAUUCUGCAAGCCCAUUCCGCCAUUGUUGCAGCAUCUCGAUGCUUGGGACAUCUCUUAUCCUAAGUAUCAGGAUAGGGCAAUAUAGUGAUGCAUCCGGUUCCAUGAAAAAUUGAGACCGUCCCAUCUAAUGGGAUUGAAAAUCUUUGUAGAUAUCAUAGAAUUUCACAAGUUUUCAGUGUCACUUUUCUUUGACUGUUAAGGAGGAAUUGCACAGAUAUUCAAGAGCAAAGCCUGCUGUCAGAGGAGAGGUGGAAAACAUUUUAGGCAAUAGAGAUGAAGCAGCAGUAUUAGAGUAGAUGAGAAAGUGUACGAGGGAGACAGGAUUUGCCACUGAAUGUGGAUUAUGGGCAAGCUUUUCAGAUGACUGGUACACCAGCAAAAGCAACCAUUGUUCAGAGAAACAGUAUAACCUAAAGAAGAUGGCAGAUGUUGGAGUACCAAGUGAGAGCAGGUUGUGAACUGAUUUGCAGAGAAUCAGCAUGUAUGCAAGAUGAAAUCAAUGAUCAUCCUUAUAAUGGAUCUAGUAAACAAGUUAUUGUUAAUCAAAGUUGUGAUUAGGGCUGAGAUUUACGUUGUAGAGUGACAAUGGAACUUGUGGGGUUGCCUUAGUUCUUGAUCCGUGGAAUCUCAAGAGAAUUAUUUCUUCAGAGCUCCGUUGGCUAUUAUUGUUUAUGGAAGCCGGAAGAUCAAUAUCAGGUUGCAAAGUGUUGGAUGUAAUAAUGAAAUGUUAUAGUGAUCAUGUUUGUGGUGACCUCUGAUCCCUGGAAUCUUUGGUGCAUGCUGCUUGACUUUCUAAUUCUAUGCGGGACUUUCAAACAUGCUGCUUAACGUCCACACUUCCUUUUUUUUUUUUUUUUUAAGUCUUAGAUGUAUGGAUGCAAAAAAGCCUUCUAGUCAGUUACUUAUGGGGCUUAGGUUGAAUUGACUGCUGGCAUCUUAGGCUGCUCUAAUGAUUGUGCAUGGAUACCUUUUCUUUUCCCUUUUUGAGUAAUAUUGCACACAAUGCAGUCAGCCUAACCCGUCUUCUUGUUCUUCUUCUUCUUUGUUUUUUUUUUUUGCAGUGAGGUUGUGGGGGAACUUACUGCAGGCGGAUGAAAGGAGUACCCCCAGCAUCCGCAUCGAAGAAAAAAGUCAAUAUUGAUAGAAUCCUCCCGUCUAGAAUUUUUCAACUCCUUCAAUGCUUGCAAAAUUGAACGUUGUCAUCGGAUCCAAAAUAUCAAGACAAAUACAAAGAGAUCGGAUCAAUACCCGUUA